AUGACGGGGGGGUUUGCGCCGAUGGAGAUAGACGGGGAGAGCUCGCGCGCGGCGCCCGCGGGGAAGCGCGAGGUGUGGGCGUGGUACGGGUACGACGCUGCGGUGGCGGGAUUCUACUCCGCCGCGCUGCCCAUCUUCUUCCCGCUGCUCCUCGUCGCGCUCGCCUCGGAGUUCGCGUGGCAGCACGCCGCGUCGCCGCAGCCGCCCGCGUGCAGCGCGGACGUGACGAGCGAUUGCCUGCAGUGCGUGCCGGGGAAAGGCACGCAGCUGCAGACGUCAGCAGGGUACAUCGAGGCCCCCAUGCCAGGCAUCCCGGUGGCGGGCGGCGGCAGCAUCAACCCGGUGUCUUUCGCAACGGCCAUGCUGGGCGUGUCCGUGCUCUUUGAGGUCGCCGCCUUCGUCACUGUUGGGCCGCUUGCUGACUUUGGCCGCGGGCGCAAACAGCUACUACAGGUGGGCACGUACAUGGGUGCAGCGGCGUGUGUGCUGUGCCUCGUGCUCGCCUCGCCAGCCCUCUGGUGGCUCGCCGCCGUGCUGCUGGUGAUCGCCAACAUUGGCUACGGCAUCGCCACCGUUGCUUACUACAGCUACCUGGCAGUGCUGGUGGACGCGUCCCCCGAGGUGCAGCAGGCAGAGGCGGCGGGACUGCCAGUGCAGGCGGUGGUGGAGAUGAGAGAGCAGGUGGAGAAUCGCCUCUCCCUCACAGCAGUCGCCUGUGCCAGUGCCGCCUCCAUCGUUGUAACCCUCCUCGCCCUCGCCUCCACACUCCCCACCUCCUCGCCCACUCUCAAGCUCCGCCUCGCAGUCGCCCUCUGCGGCGCCUGGUGGGUCCUCCUCGCGCUCCCCACCUUCGCCUUCCUUAAAGCCCGCCCCGGCCCCGCCCUCCCUCCCGGCUCGCCCCUCCGCGUCUUCUCCGGGUGGCGCCAUCUCGGCGCCAUUCUGGCGGAGGCGCGGCGGUACCGCAACGCGUUUGCAUUCCUGGUGUGCUACUUUGUGUACGCGGACGGCUACACCACCAUCAUGCAGAUCGGCGUGCUCUUCGGGCAGCGCGAGCUCUGCCUCUCCACAACAGCUACUGUUCUGCUCGCCUGCUGCGUCUUCCUCUUCGCACUCCUCGGCACGCCGCUUGCCUUCUGGCUGCAGCGCGUGUCCGGGCUGCACAAUAAAGCGAUGGUCUGCGUGCUUAUAGCGGGGAUGAUUCCCCUCCCGCUCUGGGGCCUACUCGGCUACCUCACACCAGACGGCGGCGUGGGGUUGAAGUCAGCGUGGGAGCUGUAUGUGUUUGCGGGGUGGUUCGGGGUGCUGCUGGGCCCGCUGUCGUCGUACUCGCGCACGCUCUUCAUUGACAUGAUCCCCGUGGGCCGAGAGGGUGCCUUCUUCUCACUCUACUCCGUCAGCGACAAGGGCUCCUCCUGGCUGGGACCAUUCAUUGUUGCCGUCAUUGUGCAGUGGCAAGGGCUCCCCGUGGCUCUUCCCCUUCAUUGGUGCCGUCGUUGUGCAGGUUGGGUGUCGACAGGGGGAUCAGCGAUGCUGAGGUGGAGACGGGUGCGGGGGACAAGCCAGGGAGUGUGGGAAAGGUAUUUUGUGGCCACAUUCUUCCGUGUGCCAUGCUUCCAUGCAUCUGUUGCGUCGCCUCAACAACUCCACGCCAUGCCUCCCUCCCAUCACACGCCAUGCCUCCCUCCCAUCACACGCCAUGCCUCCCUCCCAUCACACGCCAUGCCUCCCUCCCAUCACACGCCAUGCCUCCCUCCCAUCACACGCCAUGCCUCCCUCCCAUCACACGCUAUGCCUCCCUCCCAUCACACGCUAUGCCUCCCUCCCAUCACACGCUAUGCCUCCCUCCCAUCACACGCUAUGCCUCCCUCCCAUCACACGCUAUGCCUCCCUCCCAUCACACGCUAUGCCUCCCUCCCAUCACACGCUAUGCCUCCCUCCCAUCACACGCUAUGCCUCCCUCCCAUCACACGCUAUGCCUCCCUCCCAUCACACGCUAUGCCUCCCUCCCAUCACACGCUAUGCCUCCCUCCCAUCACACGCUAUGCCUCCCUCCCAUCACACGCUAUGCCUCCCUCCCAUCACACGCUAUGCCUCCCUCCCAUCACACGCCAUGCCUCCCUCCCAUCACACGCCAUGCCUCCCUCCCAUCACACGCCAUGCCUCCCUCCCAUCACACGCCAUGCCUCCCUCCCAUCACACGCUAUGCCUCCCUCCCAUCACACGCUAUGCCUCCCUCCCAUCACACGCUAUGCCUCCCUCCCAUCACACGCUAUGCCUCCCUCCCAUCACACGCUAUGCCUCCCUCCCAUCACACGCUAUGCCUCCCUCCCAUCACACGCUAUGCCUCCCUCCCAUCACACGCUAUGCCUCCCUCCCAUCACACGCUAUGCCUCCCUCCCAUCACACGCUAUGCCUCCCUCCCAUCACACGCCAUGCCUCCCUCCCAUCACACGCCAUGCCUCCCUCCCAUCACACGCUAUGCCUCCCUCCCAUCACACGCUAUGCCUCCCUCCCAUCACACGCUAUGCCUCCCUCCCAUCACACGCCAUGCCUCCCUCCCAUCACACGCUAUGCCUCCCUCCCAUCACACGCUAUGCCUCCCUCCCAUCACACGCUAUGCCUCCCUCCCAUCACACGCCAUGCCUCCCUCCUAUCACACGCCAUGCCUCCCUCCCAUCACACGCCAUGCCUCCCUCCCAUCACACGCCAUGCCUCCCUCCCAUCACACGCCAUGCCUCCCUCCCAUCACACGCCAUGCCUCCCUCCCAUCACACGCUAUGCCUCCCUCCCAUCACACGCUAUGCCUCCCUCCCAUCACACGCUAUGCCUCCCUCCCAACACACGCUAUGCCUCCCUCCCAUCACACGCUAUGCCUCCCUCCCAUCACACGCUAUGCCUCCCUCCCAUCACACGCUAUGCCUCCCUCCCAUCACACGCUAUGCCUCCCUCCCAUCACACGCUAUGCCUCCCUCCCAUCACACGCUAUGCCUCCCUCCCAUCACACGCUAUGCCUCCCUCCCAUCACACGCUAUGCCUCCCUCCCAUCACCCGCUAUGCCUCCCUCCCAUCACACGCUAUGCCUCCCUCCCAUCACACGCCAUGCCUCCCUCCCAUCACACGCCAUGCCUCCCUCCCAUCACACGCCAUGCCUCCCUCCCAUCACACGCCAUGCCUCCCUCCCAUCACACGCCAUGCCUCCCUCCCAUCACACGCUAUGCCUCCCUCCCAUCACACGCUAUGCCUCCCUCCCAUCACACGCUAUGCCUCCCUCCCAUCACACGCUAUGCCUCCCUCCCAUCACACGCCAUGCCUCCCUCCCAUCACACGCCAUGCCUCCCUCCCAUCACACGCCAUGCCUCCCUCCCAUCACACGCCAUGCCUCCCUCCCAUCACACGCUAUGCCUCCCUCCCAUCACACGCUAUGCCUCCCUCCCAUCACACGCUAUGCCUCCCUCCCAUCACACGCUAUGCCUCCCUCCCAUCACACGCUAUGCCUCCCUCCCAUCACACGCUAUGCCUCCCUCCCAUCACACGCCAUGCCUCCCUCCCAUCACACGCCAUGCCUCCCUCCCAUCACACGCCAUGCCUCCCUCCCAUCACACGCCAUGCCUCCCUCCCAUCACACGCUAUGCCUCCCUCCCAUCACACGCUAUGCCUCCCUCCCAUCACACGCUAUGCCUCCCUCCCAUCACACGCUAUGCCUCCCUCCCAUCACACGCUAUGCCUCCCUCCCAUCACACGCUAUGCCUCCCUCCCAUCACACGCCAUGCCUCCCUCCCAUCACACGCCAUGCCUCCCUCCCAUCACACGCUAUGCCUCCCUCCCAUCACACGCUAUGCCUCCCUCCCAUCACACGCUAUGCCUCCCUCCCAUCACACGCUAUGCCUCCCUCCCAUCACACGCUAUGCCUCCCUCCCAUCACACGCUAUGCCUCCCUCCCAUCACACGCUAUGCCUCCCUCCCAUCACACGCCAUGCCUCCCUCCCAUCACACGCCAUGCCUCCCUCCCAUCACACGCUAUGCCUCCCUCCCAUCACACGCUAUGCCUCCCUCCCAUCACACGCUCUGCCUCCCUCCCAUCACACGCUAUGCCUCCCUCCCAUCACACGCUAUGCCUCCCUCCCAUCACACGCCAUGCCUCCCUCCCAUCACACGCUAUGCCUCCCUCCCAUCACACGCUAUGCCUCCCUCCCAUCACACGCUAUGCCUCCCUCCCAUCACACGCUAUGCCUCCCUCCCAUCACACGCUAUGCCUCCCUCCCAUCACACGCUAUGCCUCCCUCCCAUCACACGCUAUGCCUCCCUCCCAUCACACGCUAUGCCUCCCUCCCAUCACACGCUAUGCCUCCCUCCCAUCACACGCUAUGCCUCCCUCCCAUCACACGCCAUGCCUCCCUCCCAUCACACGCCAUGCCUCCCUCCCAUCACACGCUAUGCCUCCCUCCCAUCACACGCUCUGCCUCCCUCCCAUCACACGCUCUGCCUCCCUCCCAUCACACGCUAUGCCUCCCUCCCAUCACACGCUAUGCCUCCCUCCCAUCACACGCUAUGCCUCCCUCCCAUCACACGCUAUGCCUCCCUCCCAUCACACGCUAUGCCUCCCUCCCAUCACACGCUAUGCCUCCCUCCCAUCACACGCUAUGCCUCCCUCCCAUCACACGCUAUGCCUCCCUCCCAUCACACGCCAUGCCUCCCUCCCAUCACACGCCAUGCCUCCCUCCCAUCACACGCUAUGCCUCCCUCCCAUCACACGCUAUGCCUCCCUCCCAUCACACGCUAUGCCUCCCUCCCAUCACACGCUAUGCCUCCCUCCCAUCACACGCUAUGCCUCCCUCCCAUCACACGCUAUGCCUCCCUCCCAUCACACGCUAUGCCUCCCUCCCAUCACACGCCAUGCCUCCCUCCCAUCACACGCCAUGCCUCCCUCCCAUCACACGCCAUGCCUCCCUCCCAUCACACGCCAUGCCUCCCUCCCAUCACACGCUAUGCCUCCCUCCCAUCACACGCCAUGCCUCCCUCCCAUCACACGCCAUGCCUCCCUCCCAUCACACGCUAUGCCUCCCUCCCAUCACACGCUAUGCCUCCCUCCCAUCACACGCUCUGCCUCCCUCCCAUCACACGCUAUGCCUCCCUCCCAUCACACGCUAUGCCUCCCUCCCAUCACACGCCAUGCCUCCCUCCCAUCACACGCUAUGCCUCCCUCCCAUCACACGCUAUGCCUCCCUCCCAUCACACGCUAUGCCUCCCUCCCAUCACACGCUAUGCCUCCCUCCCAUCACACGCUAUGCCUCCCUCCCAUCACACGCUAUGCCUCCCUCCCAUCACACGCUAUGCCUCCCUCCCAUCACACGCUAUGCCUCCCUCCCAUCACACGCUAUGCCUCCCUCCCAUCACACGCCAUGCCUCCCUCCCAUCACACGCCAUGCCUCCCUCCCAUCACACGCUAUGCCUCCCUCCCAUCACACGCUCUGCCUCCCUCCCAUCACACGCUCUGCCUCCCUCCCAUCACACGCUAUGCCUCCCUCCCAUCACACGCUAUGCCUCCCUCCCAUCACACGCUAUGCCUCCCUCCCAUCACACGCUAUGCCUCCCUCCCAUCACACGCUAUGCCUCCCUCCCAUCACACGCUAUGCCUCCCUCCCAUCACACGCUAUGCCUCCCUCCCAUCACACGCUAUGCCUCCCUCCCAUCACACGCCAUGCCUCCCUCCCAUCACACGCCAUGCAUCCCUCCCAUCACACGCUAUGCCUCCCUCCCAUCACACGCUAUGCCUCCCUCCCAUCACACGCUAUGCCUCCCUCCCAUCACACGCCAUGCCUCCCUCCCAUCACACGCCAUGCCUCCCUCCCAUCACACGCCAUGCCUCCCUCCCAUCACACGCUAUGCCUCCCUCCCAUCACACGCUAUGCCUCCCUCCCAUCACACGCUAUGCCUCCCUCCCAUCACACGCUAUGCCUCCCUCCCAUCACACGCCAUGCCUCCCUCCCAUCACACGCCAUGCCUCCCUCCCAUCACACGCCAUGCCUCCCUCCCAUCACACGCUAUGCCUCCCUCCCAUCACACGCUAUGCCUCCCUCCCAUCACACGCUAUGCCUCCCUCCCAUCACACGCUAUGCCUCCCUCCCAUCACUCGCUAUGCCUCCCUCCCAUCACACGCUAUGCCUCCCUCCCAUCACACGCCAUGCCUCCCUCCCAUCACACGCCAUGCCUCCCACCCAUCACACGCCAUGCCUCCCUCCCAUCACACGCUAUGCCUCCCUCCCAUCACACGCUAUGCCUCCCUCCCAUCACACGCUAUGCCUCCCUCCCAUCACACGCUAUGCCUCCCUCCCAUCACACGCCAUGCCUCCCUCCCAUCACACGCCAUGCCUCCCUCCCAUCACACGCUAUGCCUCCCUCCCAUCACACGCUAUGCCUCCCUCCCAUCACACGCUAUGCCUCCCUCCCAUCACACGCCAUGCCUCCCUCCCAUCACACGCCAUGCCUCCCUCCCAUCACACGCUAUGCCUCCCUCCCAUCACACGCUAUGCCUCCCUCCCAUCACACGCUAUGCCUCCCUCCCAUCACACGCUCUGCCUCCCUCCCAUCACACGCUAUGCCUCCCUCCCAUCACACGCUAUGCCUCCCUCCCAUCACACGCCAUGCCUCCCUCCCAUCACACGCUAUGCCUCCCUCCCAUCACACGCUAUGCCUCCCUCCCAUCACACGCUAUGCCUCCCUCCCAUCACACGCUAUGCCUCCCUCCCAUCACACGCUAUGCCUCCCUCCCAUCACACGCUAUGCCUCCCUCCCAUCACACGCUAUGCCUCCCUCCCAUCACACGCUAUGCCUCCCUCCCAUCACACGCUAUGCCUCCCUCCCAUCACACGCUAUGCCUCCCUCCCAUCACACGCCAUGCCUCCCUCCCAUCACACGCCAUGCCUCCCUCCCAUCACACGCUAUGCCUCCCUCCCAUCACACGCUCUGCCUCCCUCCCAUCACACGCUCUGCCUCCCUCCCAUCACACGCUAUGCCUCCCUCCCAUCACACGCUAUGCCUCCCUCCCAUCACACGCUAUGCCUCCCUCCCAUCACACGCUAUGCCUCCCUCCCAUCACACGCUAUGCCUCCCUCCCAUCACACGCUAUGCCUCCCUCCCAUCACACGCUAUGCCUCCCUCCCAUCACACGCUAUGCCUCCCUCCCAUCACACGCCAUGCCUCCCUCCCAUCACACGCCAUGCCUCCCUCCCAUCACACGCUAUGCCUCCCUCCCAUCACACGCUAUGCCUCCCUCCCAUCACACGCUAUGCCUCCCUCCCAUCACACGCUAUGCCUCCCUCCCAUCACACGCUAUGCCUCCCUCCCAUCACACGCUAUGCCUCCCUCCCAUCACACGCUAUGCCUCCCUCCCAUCACACGCCAUGCCUCCCUCCCAUCACACGCCAUGCCUCCCUCCCAUCACACGCCAUGCCUCCCUCCCAUCACACGCCAUGCCUCCCUCCCAUCACACGCUAUGCCUCCCUCCCAUCACACGCCAUGCCUCCCUCCCAUCACACGCCAUGCCUCCCUCCCAUCACACGCUAUGCCUCCCUCCCAUCACACGCUAUGCCUCCCUCCCAUCACACGCUCUGCCUCCCUCCCAUCACACGCUAUGCCUCCCUCCCAUCACACGCUAUGCCUCCCUCCCAUCACACGCCAUGCCUCCCUCCCAUCACACGCUAUGCCUCCCUCCCAUCACACGCUAUGCCUCCCUCCCAUCACACGCUAUGCCUCCCUCCCAUCACACGCUAUGCCUCCCUCCCAUCACACGCUAUGCCUCCCUCCCAUCACACGCUAUGCCUCCCUCCCAUCACACGCUAUGCCUCCCUCCCAUCACACGCUAUGCCUCCCUCCCAUCACACGCUAUGCCUCCCUCCCAUCACACGCCAUGCCUCCCUCCCAUCACACGCCAUGCCUCCCUCCCAUCACACGCUAUGCCUCCCUCCCAUCACACGCUCUGCCUCCCUCCCAUCACACGCUCUGCCUCCCUCCCAUCACACGCUAUGCCUCCCUCCCAUCACACGCUAUGCCUCCCUCCCAUCACACGCUAUGCCUCCCUCCCAUCACACGCUAUGCCUCCCUCCCAUCACACGCUAUGCCUCCCUCCCAUCACACGCUAUGCCUCCCUCCCAUCACACGCUAUGCCUCCCUCCCAUCACACGCUAUGCCUCCCUCCCAUCACACGCCAUGCCUCCCUCCCAUCACACGCCAUGCAUCCCUCCCAUCACACGCUAUGCCUCCCUCCCAUCACACGCUAUGCCUCCCUCCCAUCACACGCUAUGCCUCCCUCCCAUCACACGCCAUGCCUCCCUCCCAUCACACGCCAUGCCUCCCUCCCAUCACACGCUAUGCCUCCCUCCCAUCACACGCUAUGCCUCCCUCCCAUCACAAGCUCUGCCUCCCUCCCAUCACACGCCAUGCCUCCCUCCCAUCACACGCCAUGCCUCCCUCCCAUCACACGCUAUGCCUCCCUCCCAUCACACGCUAUGCCUCCCUCCCAUCACACGCUAUGCCUCCCUCCCAUCACACGCUAUGCCUCCCUCCCAUCACACGCUAUGCCUCCCUCCCAUCACACGCCAUGCCUCCCUCCCAUCACACGCUAUGCCUCCCUCCCAUCACACGCUAUGCCUCCCUCCCAUCACACGCUCUGCCUCCCUCCCAUCACACGCCAUGCCUCCCUCCCAUCACACGCCAUGCCUCCCUCCCAUCACACGCCAUGCCUCCCUCCCAUCACACGCUAUGCCUCCCUCCCAUCACACGCUAUGCCUCCCUCCCAUCACACGCUAUGCCUCCCUCCCAUCACACGCUAUGCCUCCCUCCCAUCACACGCUAUGCCUCCCUCCCAUCACACGCCAUGCCUCCCUCCCAUCACACGCUAUGCCUCCCUCCCAUCACACGCUAUGCCUCCCUCCCAUCACACGCUAUGCCUCCCUCCCAUCACACGCUAUGCCUCCCUCCCAUCACACGCUAUGCCUCCCUCCCAUCACACGCCAUGCCUCCCUCCCAUCACACGCUAUGCCUCCCUCCCAUCACACGCUAUGCCUCCCUCCCAUCACACGCUAUGCCUCCCUCCCAUCACACGCUAUGCCUCCCUCCCAUCACACGCUAUGCCUCCCUCCCAUCACACGCUAUGCCUCCCUCCCAUCACACGCUAUGCCUCCCUCCCAUCACACGCUAUGCCUCCCUCCCAUCACACGCCAUGCCUCCCUCACAUACCUCCAUGCCCUUACAUCCCCCUUCCCUUCUCCCCCCUGGACUGCACGUGGCCACAGGGGAGCUGCGAGCGUCCUUCUUCUACGUCAUGCUGCUGCCGCUGAUCGCCCCAGUGCCUUUCUCACAUUCCAUUCCAUCCUGCCCUUACACCCCCUUUCCUCCCCAUGCACUACGCCAGGCGACAGGAGAGCUACGGGCGUCCUUCUUCUACAUCCUGGCAGUGAUGCUGCUGCCACUGAUCGCCCUAGUAUUGGCGGUGGACCAUGCACGUGGCAUCACAUGCCAUGCCUCGCUCACAUUCCUACCACCCUGUCCUUAUACAUCAUCCUUCCCGUCCCCGCACCACACCAGGCAACAGGAGAGUUACGGGCGUCUUUCUUCUACAUCCUGGCAGUGAUGCUGCUGCCGCUGAUCGCCCUGGUACUAGCAGUGGACCAUGCGCGCGGCAUCACGGACGCGGGGCGCAGCAGCCGCAGCCGGGCGGGCGACAGCGGCAUCGCUCAGGACGACCAGCCCAACGUGGUGGGCGGCGUCGUGCCGUACACCGCCAUGCGCGCACACUGA